AUGUCAGCUGAAAACGGCGGAAACGCGAUUGUUCGUGUGAGCUCGAACAAGCGCAAGUUCGGUUACGUUGACUACACGAAGCACCGUCUUAACGAAGGCUAUCCGGAGGUCAUUAUCUCCGCUCUCGGAACUGCAAUUGCCGACGCUGUAUCUGUUGUGGAGCUGCUCAAGAACCAGGGUGUCGUGGAGGUGAAGAAGAUUUGCACCUCACGCGCGCAGUUCGACGAUGUUCGCACCACCACUACCGACAAGAUUGAGGUUGUUGUUGUCAAAUCAGCUGACUUUGACGCUAUCUACGAGCAGCAGCAGAGGGAUCGCGAAAUCGCAAAGGCCCGCGCGGAGGCAGGUGAGGCCGAUGAUGAGUAG